AUGGAAGUUCUCCUUGACACUCUUGAAGAGCUGACAGCUAAAGAGCUGAAGAAGUUCAAGCUUUUCUUAACUGAGGAGACACUGGAGGGGGUUCAGCAUAUCCCCAGAGGACAGCUGGAGAACGCCGAUGCCACAGAUGUCACCAGUAAGAUGAGGGACGUCUACGGCCAGGAUGGUGCCCUGAAGGUCACUCUGCACGUGCUGAAGAAGAUGAAUCACAAUGAGCUUGCAGACAGACUAGAAGGAGAGCUGGAGAAGAGGUAA